GCAAGUCACAAGACACCCAAAGCUCUCCAAAAUUUUAAAAACUUCAAUAUUUAGUGCAAUUCAAUACUUUACACAAUGGUAAUUUAAAACUUGCCAAAUCGAAAUCAGUGCAAAUAAAUAAAAGAUAAAAAUGACGUAUACGAGUGCGGCGUGGCAUGUGCACGAAGACUUCUUUGUCGAGGACGACGAUGACACGCGUUAUAGAAUCGCAUCUUUGGUGUCGUCUUCAUCUUCAUCAUGCGCAUCGUCAAAAGAACUCGAAGAAUGUGCGCAACCAUUGCGGGAGACAAACGGUCGCAGUGCUCUUCAGGAGCACGCGAAGAGUGCGAAUAGUGCGAGAUAUGUUCACGUGCCGCACAGAGACAAGCCGCCGCAGGUCGUCGCCAAGAGGAACGCACGCGAGCGGCGGCGGGUGCAGGCCGUCAAUGGCGCCUUCGUCCGGCUGCGCAAAGCCGUCCCCUUCGAGAACAACAGAGGAAAACGUGUCAGUAAGGUGAAAACUCUUCAAUACGCCAUUGAUUAUAUUCAAAAACUACAGGAUUUACUACGAGAUUAUAAUAAUAGCCAAAACAUGCAGUAUUAUUACAACUAUUAUCCAUCACCAAUCGAAGAAGACUUUCCGGAGUUUAGUGAUAAUUUUGCACUAGGUUACUAAUAACAUCAGAAAUUAAUUUAAUCUAAAUUUAAGAAAAACUAGUCCUUAGUCUGGUCAUUAGCUAAUUAGAUACUUAGAAUAGUUGUCUUAUGAUAGUAUAUUAAAUAUUAAUAUUCUGAUCUUUUUGUUUGUCCCACACGAUAACCUUCUAUGAUGAGUAGAAAAACUAAUAUUGCAAUUAGAGUUAAGUUCUGUAAUAUGUUCAUCAGUUCAUCCCACAUUUGAUUACACUUUAUGAUUGUUUCUAAUUACUAAUAGGAACAUCGAAAGUAGAGCAGUAGGUACUUAAGAAUUUCCCAAAUGAACUUAACUGUAAUUUAAAGUCUUUUUUCUUCGUUUUGCUUCCUUAACGAUAAGGCAAAAGAGUGUUGAUUCUAGUCAUGGCAUAUUUAAUAUAUUAAUAAACUAGUUUUAUCUUAAUCAAUGAAAACCGCGUAUGAUCAGAAAAAAAAAACUAAAAAUGCGCAGGCAACAUUCCUUCGCAUUAAUUUCAAUGAUGUCUUAUAGCUUAUAUUUUGCUAGUCAUGUUUAAAUUCUAAUAAAGUAGGUAUUU